CGACCAACUUGAACUUGCGCAAAACGUCUACUUCGAGCGCGUACAUUAACGCGGCUCAAAGCAACACAAUCGUAAACAUCAACCAUUCCAUUAACAACCAUUCUAGUAAUAAACUUUCUAAUAUCUUUCCUUCUUCUUCCUCUUCCCCUUCUUCCCCGGACGCCGCUCUCGCCGACGAGCUCGAUUAUAUUACUGUAUCAGCUCCAGUAGAAUCUCAAUCUCAUAUUCCUCGUUUUCCCCGUCCAGUCGAUAAGGCUUCUCGUAUUUUAGGAAUUGCUCAUCGCAAGUCCAUGGAGCCCAUUCCGGCUUCAACCCGCACGUCUAUCGUGUCAACUCGUUCAGCACCUUCAACUCCAACUCAACAUGCCCCAACCCUUCCUCUCACUUCUCUCUACGUCGUCUCGGGACUUCCAAAGAGUCCACAUACAUGGACUCUUGCCGACCCCGAUGCCGUCCUAGGUUUAUCUCAUUCAGAGGGUGCAGUCGCCCGCUGGUGGAGGCCCGAGGUUCUCGGUAGCACCGUGAGCCCAGGUGCCGGUGGCGGCAAGAAAAAGAAGAAAGCAAAUAAGGGCGAGAGUACCGAGAUCCUCAAGGGUGCAGGUGCUCUAUCAAAAGCUGAAGUAGGGAAAAUGCUAUCAAAAGCGCUUAAGCUCUCGUUCACGCGUGAAGUUGAAAUUAUCGCAUCAACCCUCCAGCCAGCGAGCACAAUCCAUACUUUUACUUUCACCCUUCCUGCCCCUUCCACUCCCCUCGCACCUGCUCCUUCUGAAGUGGGCUUACUUCGAGCCUCAGUCCUCACAGGAACGGAUCGUUCCUCCGCAGCCCCCACAUUCUCCUUCCCUUACACUGACGACCCCUUUCUCAAUGCCCGUCCUUCAUCAGCAUACCUCGGUCCACCGAGCGUCCUUCAACCUCCACCGGCAUCCCCCGCAUCUCCCAUGUUUGAAAAACAAGCGUCAGGAGGUAAUGGUGCAACAGUUACCUACCAUGGUGUCUGUCUCACCGUAUGGAGCCAUGCUGAUGCUGAGAGAAGUUCGGCCAUUCGCCGCACUCUCGAAGCAGGUCGUGCGCGCAAGGAGAGUGCACAAUCACUAGUGGCUACUCGACUAAGGGCCUUGCGCUCCGCACCGGGGUCUUCUCAGUCCGGAGAUCCAGGUACUGACGGUGAGACCGACGGCGAGGGUGCCGAAACUGACGCGGGUGCUAUUAGCGAGAGCGACUACGACGUCGCAAGUACCGUAGGCGGCCACGGUCCUGGUGAGAGUACCUUGUUCUUACCUGGUGAUACUGUGUUCUGGCUCCCUUAUGCACUGACUCUGGUGUCGCGUCAUCCGAUCUACGACCUCAUGCGUGACUAUUUAACCCUCUCCUGGGCACGUUUCUCUAAAGACGUCCAGUCGCACACCUUGCAGAUCUCCAAAAUCUUAGCCCACCCCGCUCCACGCGCUGGUGAUCUCAUCAAGCUUGAUGCUUCCUCCACACCCAUGCCUUCGCAUACCUCCCCGCAGACCGACGACACGAACCUCGAAGUCAUUGCGCGCUUCCCUGGUGGCUUGGACUUUGGCCGCGGUCUCGUGGACAUCAAUUUUACAAUGUGGCCCCUAUUCAAGUGCCUGAAUAUUGAUAACAUUCUCACUAUAUGUGAAAUUGCCCUGGCGCCGACGGGUCGCAUCCUAUUCUACUCUAGGCAUCCCGCUAUGCUCGGAAUCGCGGUGUGCACGAUCAAGUACCUUGUUGAGUUGCGCGGCUGGUCUGGGAUUGCCCUACCUGCUGUCCACGCCCGAGAUGCUAAGAUCUACAUCGAUGACCCCGGACCAUGGAUUCUCGGUCUCGCUACCGAAACGAGGUACAGCGUUCGUCCGGAUCCGGAGGUCUGUGUAGUUGACCUAGACAUCAACUACCUGAGCUGUCCAUCUCCCCCUCCUGGCGUAGUGUCUGCUAAGCAGCAAAGAGACAAAUAUAGGCAGCGCCUGCUCACUGCAUUCGAGCCUCAUUAUCAUCCUGAUCAUAGCGUGCCUUCGGAGUUCAAGGAAGCCUUUCCUGCAGGUCGAUUCCGCCCUGUCUGCAAGAUUCAGGCGAAACGCGGUGGUGAGACUGCUGCUGUCGCAGACACAAUCAAGGCCCCUGAGUGGUGGCACUCCACGCGGAUUAUCCAAGCCUUUGAUAGCGUGCUGCAGGACAAGUUCAAGAAACCUUCGUUCCUCAAGCGCCUCUCCUCCUUCGGCGCAGCUCGCCGUAUCCCUAAGCUCACUCCUGCCGAGCAGCACAUUCAACUCUCUAUUCGCAAGCGUGCGACGGCGUUUGUCGACGCCCGUGACGACCUUGAGACGAAGAUCGGCCGUCUUUCUCGUCGUCUCAACUUCCUUAUGACGGAAGCAGAUUUAUGGCGGGACAAGUUCGUCACGUUCGAGCAAUAUGCGGAGCGCUUGAGUGCCGAGGCUGGCCAAUUGCGUAGCAAGAUCGGAAAGGAGCAAAGAGAGACGAAGCGCCUGAGUGGUUUAGUCCACCUCACAGCUGCUGAGAAGGCGAAAUUGCAAACACAGCUGCAAGAUACGGAGCGUGCACACAAGGAAGCUCUUGUUGAGCUGGAACACAUGCGCGAGACUAUGGAGAGGAUGGAGGAAGAACGUGCGGAGAUGGUUGCUGAGGUCGAAGCCCAGAUCGAGCGUGCACUUGCUUCCAUGGCUGUUGACGUCGAAGAGUCUGAGUAUGAAGGCGACCUGGCAUCCCGUCCAGGAUCCCGCAUGUCAGCAGCGAGGUCUACGGCAAGUGGGUCACGCUCACGGAGAUCCAGUGACGCCGUCAAAGACGGUUCAGUCAACGGUGCAUCCAGAUUGCGCAGCUUCGGGACGGAAUCCACACUUGCGGAACAAUACGAGAAUGGUGAUGAGACGCUUGUACACGGAAAGAGUGAUCGUGAGACUGACACGAUUGCGGAAGAAGACGAGACGCCAUCGUCACCCGCUAAGAAGAAGCGCUUCUCCGCAACUCAGGCUGAGAUGGUGCAGGAUGGUAUGAUGGCCGUCGACGAGGGUAUCAGUGAGAGGAGUGAUAGAAUCGCGCAGAAAGUAUUGCAGAUCCAGCAGAAGCUCGAGACUGCACUAGCCUCCGAACGGGUUCAAGAAUGGAAGAACAGCAACGACUCUGAUGUCGUUCCUGUUCGCGCACGUCCGCCCAAAGGAACGAAGCUAGUGAAUAACCCUCCUGGUAAAGCGAAAAGGAGAGCUCGUAGCAACACCGCAUCCUCAACGCAAACAACGCAAACCAGUACCAUCACCCGUCGCUCAGUAGAUACCAUAUCUCCUUCGGCUACCCCUCGCCGGACAUCUUCUCCCCGGGCGGAACAGAGAUCCCCUGGGCACUCACCUCCCACUCCUGCCCUUACACCUGCUAUCGGCUCCAUCACAGAUGACUCGGAUACUGAGUUUCAGAGUGCUUAUUCUACAAGUCCUCGAGAUAGCUACGUCAGUUUUGAUGGUCACCAAACUCCUCACUACCACGAUUCUGACGAUUCCACUGAGUCCACUGAUCAAACUGUCAAAUACGGGAAAAUCGCUUCUCAGUUCACAAAAGCGCCUGUUAGGGAACGAGUGUCUAGCACAGCGACGGCAAUUCUUCAAUCUAGUCCAUCUCUUGGCGAGGAUAUAGUCGUGUCGAAAGGGCGGGUCCUUGGACAGCAUGUCUGACUGCAAUCAACAGGUCUAGAUUUAUACCUAUGGAUAAUACCCACCUUUGCAUCAUCGUUAUCGUCAUUUUGGGUUGUCCAUUUCCAACUCCCACCACGCUCGUUGCUUUCUAAUCAUCUGUCGUAUUUGUUCCAUCGGAUUACACGCGAUUCAGCUUCAUCGCAUAUAUUAUGAUCUACUUGUGCAUAGUACA